AUGCAUCCAACUGCUCCUCAUAGUCUACAGUUCAAACAGCCUCAUGCUUGGUUCUCGUGGGUACACCAGAAGAUCACUGACUUUGAAGAAGGCCGACUGAGUGCCCCUGCUGGAGGCGCCAGCCUUUAUCCCACUUUGAUGCAAGACGCAGCCAGAAAGGCAAAUCGACUUAACGUUGACAAGAGCCAAAGCCAUGCUUGGAAGUCCACUACUCUAACCAAAGACGUGGUCGCUAUGACCGCAGACGCCAAGAAGUAUUUUGAUGCAAAGAACAACAAGAAGGUAGACAACAAGCCGCCUGCCAAGAAGCCCGGUCGUGACCCCACUGCGCCAUCAAGCAAGUUGCUCCCUCCAUAUUAUUAA